AGAAAAAAAAUUUAAAAAAAAUGAAAAAACAAAAACUCUUCAAAUUCUUCGAAGGAAAUUCUACUUUCAUUUAGCCUAAUCUUGGAUCUUGUCACGGACGCUGUCCGUUCAAUCUCCGGCGUUGUUUCUGGUCUUGGAAAACCGAAGAGUUAACCGACCCCUGAUUAUUGGCUUAUACUCAGAGACAAGCAUUGCAUCUUGAGUGGCUUAUGUACUUCACUGAAUUUGACAGAGUUACGAGCCUGGAGAAAAAAAAAAAUUGAUCCAGAAUUUGAAGGAUAACAAAGAAAAUGAAUCAGGGCUUCUGGACAGCUAAAGGUUCUGGCUGUUUAAAUGAUGGUGAAAUGGCUUACGAUAGUUCUUCCAAAAUUGAGCCCAAACGUUCUCAUCAGUGGUUUAUGGAUGGUCCUGAGGCAGAUCUAUUCCCCAAUAAGAAACAGGCAGUGGAAGCUUCAAGCAACAAUUUAUUUUCUGGAAUGUUAAAUCCAUGGGCUAAUGCUUCUAGUUUUAAUUCAAUAUCCGGAAAUUUCACUGAACGAUUAUUCGAUUCUGAAACAGCCAGGACUGUUAAUUUUGAUGACCGAAACAUUCUGUCAGCCGGAACCGAUAAAGUUAAUGCGGCUAGAAAGCUUAACGAGGAUCCAUUUGGAAGUGACUCUUUAUUUGGUUUAUCCAUGUCUCACACACUGGAAGAUCCUAGAUCAGGACUUAAUUUUGGGGGAAUCAGAAAAGUGAAAGUGAGCCAGGUAAAGGACUCUGAGAAUCUAAUGCCUGUACCAAUUGGACAUAGCUUUGACAGGAUGGACAAUAACUCGAUUUCAGCAGUUGAUGCUUAUGACAAGUUGGACAGCAAUUCCAUGUCUACAGGUCUUGCUUUUAACAAAGGAGAUGACAACAUCUUGACAAUGAGUGAGUCUUAUGAUAGGGAGAAUAACAUUUUCAUAUCUAUGGGACAACCCUAUAGCAAAGGGGAUGAUACCAUAGCAAUGGGCACAUAUAAAGGAAGUAACAGUACUCUACCAGUAAGCCAUGCAUUCAGCAAGGAUGACAGCAAUAUCAUCUCUAUGGGUCAAACAUACAACAAGACUGAUGACAAUUCAAUGGUUGUAGGUCAUGUUUACAGUAAGGAAGAUGAUAGUACUGUAUCAUUAGGUCACACAUAUAGCAGGGGUGAAAACAAUACUUUAUCAAUAGGUCAGUCUUAUAGUAAAGGUGAGAGCACAAUAAUAUCAUUUGGUGGCUAUGAAGAUGAUGGUCCAAAUUCCUCUAGUAGACUUUUACCUAAUUAUGAGUUUUUGACUGGCCAGUCUUCUGUUCAGAAAUCAGAAGUACUCAACCAGCAAACUUUGGGUAAAUCAAAUGCUGAUGCACUUACUGCCCCAAUAGCUGUUUCCAGCACUGUUUGUAAGAAAAAAGAAGACGCCAAGGUCUCUAAGAAGAUUCCUCCCAACAAUUUUCCUUCAAAUGUUAGAAGUUUGCUAUCAACUGGCAUGCUGGAUGGAGUUCCUGUGAAAUACAUUGCUUGGUCACGGGAGAAGGAACUCUGUGGUGUUAUAAAGGGUUCUGGAUAUCAAUGUGGUUGCCAGUCAUGUAAUUUUUCUAAGGUGAUUAAUGCAUAUGAAUUUGAGCGACAUGCUGGGUGCAAAACAAAACACCCCAACAAUCACAUAUAUUUUGAAAAUGGGAAGACCAUUUAUGGGAUUGUCCAAGAGCUCCGAAGCACACCUCAGAAUAUGUUGUUUGAAAUUAUUCAAACAAUAACUGGUUCACCUAUCAAUCAGAAGUCCUUCCGCCUUUGGAAAGAGUCUUUUCUAGCUGCAACUCGUGAGCUUCAGCGUAUAUAUGGGAACGAUGAAGGAAAACAAUUGCAAUAAACUACCCUUGUUGAAAUUUUGAGAUGCAAUCGUCUUUGUUUUGCACAUACAUGGCUUUUUAGCAAAACACUGUCAUCAUAGUGGGUGCAACUAACUUCAGGGUUUGAAUCUCUUCCUGUUUGACAUCAAGGGAUAAUGAAGUGAAUGUAGGAGAUCAACUUUACACACAGAAUAGAAGCAUUUUGAUCCUUUUAUUACAUGUAACCUCUUGGUUCAUAACAUUUUUGAGGGAAAAAGGUUGAAAUUUGAAAUCUGUUUUCUUUUAGAAGGAAAAUGUCUGUAUUCUUUUUAGCACUCUCAUCCUCUCUGUUUUCAAUCUUCAUUGUACAUAUGAUGCAUUGUUACUAGAAGUUGCUUUGAUCAUGGCAGCAGAGAAUCUUUGUUGGAUGUUUCUUUUGUUUCUUUAUUUCAUAAAAGAUUUUUGUAAUUCGGUAUCACCACGUGGAACUAAUUGUUGAGAGAGGUAGUCCUAUGGAAUUCAGAAUCACCAAGAAAUUUUGGAUGGGUUUCAGAUUUUUUUUCU